CCGAUUCUUCUGACGCUUCUCAAGAAGGUAUUCCUUUACCUGUUUACCCCGUGUUUCUCUACAUAAACUUAACUUUCAUCACCAACUCCCCGACUCAGACCAAAGGAACAAAAAGGACCAUGGAGUCAGAGGAUGUUGAGAUGACUGAAGACCACGUUUCUGAAGAGGAAAUUCUCUCUGGGGACAAAGACUUUGAUGAUAGAAGGGACUACAGGACUGUCAUAAAGGAAAAAUUUUAUAUUAUAUGGGAUAAGAGCUCUUUGCUUGGAGAAUCUGCAACUUUGAAUCAUGUAAUCACUGAGAAAGACCAAAAGCUGUUGGACCGUAUCUUUGAAGUGGAUAUUGAAACCUACAAGAUACCACAAACAGUAAUCCUUCAGGGAGCUGCUGGAAUUGGGAAGACAACGUUGUUGAGAAAGGCAAUGUUAGAAUGGGCAAAUGGCAAUCUCUACCAGCAAUUUACCUAUGCUUUUUAUCUCAGUGGGAGAGAAAUUAGCCAAGUGAAAGAGAAAAGCUUUGCUCAGUUAAUAUCCAAGAAUUGGCCUCGCUCUGAAGGCCCCAUUGAACGGAUCCUGUCCAAGCCCAGCAAUCUCCUUUUUAUAAUUGAUAGUUUUGAUGAGCUAGACUUCUCCUUUGAAGAGCCAGAGUUUGCACUAUGUAAUGAUUGGACCCAGAAGCAGCCAGUGUCCUUUCUUAUUAGCAGUUUGCUGAGGAAAGUGAUGCUUCCUGAGUCAUUCUUAUUGGUAACAGCAAGACCCACAGCUUGGAAGAGACUGAAGCCCUUGUUACAUAAACCUCAUUGUGUAAAGCUGCCAGGACUGUCUAAGAAUGCAAGGAUGGACUACAUUCACCAUUUGUUGAAAGAUAAGACAUGGGCUAUGGAUGGGAUCUGUUCAAUUAGAAAGAAUGAGAGGCUUUUCAACAUGUGCCAUGUCAGCCAUGUGUGCAAGGUGAUUUGUACUUGUCUGAAGGAGCAAGUGAAGAAAGGUGGCAAUAUUGCUGUGAUCUGCCAAACCACCACAGCUCUGUUCACAUGCUAUAUCUGCAGCUUAUUUUCACAGAUAGAUUGGGGUAUUACUACUCUGCCCAAUGAAACACUAGUGAGGAGCCUGUGCCAGGCAGCUGCUGAAGGCAUUUGGACUAUGAAUCAUAUACUCUACAAGAAAAACCUCAGAAAGCAUGAGUUAACUAGAGAUGACAUCUCAGUUUUCCUGCAUGUGAAGGUUCUUCAGAAGGACACGGAGUAUGGAAACUGCUUUGCAUUUACUCACCUCCAUAUUCAGGAGUUUUUUGCAGCUUUGUUCUACUUCUUAAGAGAGAAUCCAGAAGAAAAAGACUUUCCCAUCAAACGGUUUGAAAACUUGCAUCUGUUACUUGAAAGCAACUGUUUUCAUGACCCUCAUUUGGAACAGAUGAAAUGCUUUUUGUUCGGUCUACUGAAUAAAGAACGAGUACGACAACUGGAGGAAACCUUCAAAUUUACAAUAUCCAUGGACAUAAAAGGGGAGUUACUUAUGUGUUUGGAAGCAUUAGAAAAGGGUGAUUCUUAUCUAUCACAGCUGAGACUUAUAGACUUGCUUCACUGUCUGUAUGAGACUCAAGAUAAAGAAUUUAUAACUCAGGCACUGAGCUAUUUCCCAAAGAUUGUUGUGAAGGUUGAUGAAGAAGCACAGUUGCGUAUAUAUUCAUUCUGCCUUAAGCACUGCUACUCUCUACAAGCUAUUAAACUGACUGCAAUGGCAGAGUUAAAGACUAUGUUGGACUUAAAACCCAUAGCUAAAACUUGCUUCGACGAUGCUAUUGCUGGAAUCAUUCACUACUGGAAAGAUCUGUUUUCUGUGCUUCAUAAAAAUGAAUCUCUGAAAGAAAUGGAUCUGUAUGAAAGCAGAAUUAAUAAAUCAUUGAUGAAUAUUUUAAGUGAAGAAUUAAGUCAUCCAAGGUGUAAACUACAAAAACUACUGUUUGGAUCUGUCUGCUUCCUGAAUAACUGUCAGGAUUUUAGUUUUUUGACUAUCUGCCAUACCCUGACACAUCUUGACCUGAAAAAUGUUGACUUAGAAGACAAUGGGUUAGAGAGCUUAUGCCAAAACUUGAUAUCCCAACGAUGUAAAUUACGGGUGCUGAGGUUGGAAUCCUGUGACCUGAAUGUAUACCGUUGUCUAAAACUAGCAGAGGCUCUCAAGAGCAACAAGAGCCUGGUAUUUCUGAAUCUGUCCACCAACAAUCUGUCAAAUGACGGAGUGAAGUCACUGUGUCAGACUUUAGAAAACCCCAACUGUCACCUAGAGAGACUGUCCUUAGCAAGCUGUGGCAUCACAAAAGCUGUGUGUGAGGCUCUUUCCUUGGCUAUCACCAAAAGCAAGAGACUGACACACUUAUGUUUGGCAGACAACAUCUUGGAAGAUGAAGGGAUAGAGCUUCUCAGUGAUGCCUUGAGAUAUCCACAGUGUACUCUCCAGAGCCUUGUGUUGAGGUGUUGCUGUGUGACUUCAGUUGGUAGUAAGUUUCUCUCCGAUGCUCUUCUGAACAACAGGAGUUUGAUACAUCUGGACCUGGGAUCAAACAAGCUUCAGGACAGUGGGAUCAAGCUUUUGUGUCACAUCCUUCAGCAGCCAACCUGCACUAUUCAGGAGUUGGAGCUGAUGGGCUGUAUUCUCACCAGUGACGGUUGUCUGGAUCUGGCUCCUGUUAUUGUGAAUAACCCAAACCUGUGGAGCCUAGACCUUGGGAACAACAACUUAGAGGAUGCUGGCCUGCAUAUUUUGUGUGAAGCUUUAAAAGAUCCAAACUGCCACAUUCAGAGGCUAGGACUGGAAAACUGUGGAUUAACCCCCGUUUGCUGUCAGGAUCUCUUAAGUCUUUUUUCUGACAACCAAAGUUUGAUACAAAUGAACUUAAUGAAGAAUGCUCUCAAUUAUGACACAAUUAAGAAUUUAUGUACAGUCUUGAGGUCUCCAACAUGCAAAAUAAAAUUUCUAGCGUUGGACAACAAGGAAAUUCAUGGACAGAAAAUCAAGAAAUUUGUGUACGAUGUAAGAACUAACAACCCACAAUUGGUGAUUAAGCCACACUAUUACAACACAGAAAGUGAGUGCUGGUGGAAGUAUUUCUGAAGAACCUGAUGUGCCUUUAAAAAUUAAAAAACAUCUUCAAUGGCAUGGUCUUUAACAUAUAUGAAAUACUUGCCUAUAUCCAGAGAUACUGAAUUGCAUUUCCAGUAGGGAUAGGUUACACACGUCUCUGUAAAAUGUUUGUUGUAUUUCACACAGGUGUUGAGAAAAUAAAGCAAAACCCACAAAA